AAUAGCCACAAUUUAAAUUUGAAUAUUUAAAGUGGGGUUAAGUUUGGUUUAAAUUUUGUUUUGUGUUUUUAUAAGUUUACAAACGUUUUUAAAAAUUAUGCCAAGAAAGGAAGAUAAAUCUUCAAAAUCAAAGGAAAAAAGGCAAAAACGAAAGGAAGAACAGAUGAAGAUAAAGUUAGCUCAAGAAAAAGUAGACAUUGCGAAUAGGCUGGAAGAUCCUUUAGCAACGUUUCCAGCUUUCCAGACGUUUAUUAAAGACGGUUUACUUGUACAAUUUCAAACAAAAAAAGUUACUGAUUUAGAUGAAUCUGUACGUGAAUGGAUCUUUGAUUUAACAAAAAGAAAUAUGAAAGAAAAAUAUGAGACCUGCUCUUGGGGUUGGAAUGAAAAGAAAAAGAAAGAAGAGAUGAUGGACGAGAGAGCAUGGUACUUAAUAGCAAAAACAGAUGCUAAUGACUUCAUUGGCUUUUCUCAUUUUCGUUUUGAUAUUGAUGAAGGCUUAGAAGUGCUUUACUGUUAUGAACUGCAACUGGAAACAAUUGUUCAAAAAAGGGGCUUAGGAAAGUUUAUGAUGCAAAUAAUAGAACUUAUAGCAUUUAAAAACGACAUGAAAAAGGUCGUUUUAACAGUAUUAAAGAAUAAUCCUAACAGUGGAUUUUUUAAAAAGAUGAAUUACAAACUUGAUGAAUCUUCACCUGAGGAUUCUGAUUAUGAAACUAUUCCAUAUGAAAUAUUAAGUAAACUUAAUAAAAAGUUACUCUCUAAUGACUAAAAUAAAUAGAAUGAGAGACUGCUAUUCAAAUAGUUAUUUUAAGUUUGGACAAACAAUUAUUUUAAGUUUGAAUUAUAAUAUUAACACUGUUUUUACCAUUUUUACUUAUACUUCUUGUUAUAAAUGCCUCCCAAUUUAUUAAAACUCCAUUUUAUAUUUUAUUAAUAUUUUUUUAUCAACAAUAUAUACAA